AUGAUAGGGGAGCUUUUGAGUGAGUUAGGAGUCCACGCAGUUUUUGCAGUGCCAGGGAUCCCGAUAACCGACGCCCUGAAUGAUAUACAAGGAGUGACUCCUCCGGGGGCCGCUUUUCCGGAGAGCCAGGAAAUGAGCAAGGGUGCCCGGCCAAGGGUCGUAGUCAUGAGACAUGAAGCUAACGCCGUUAAUGCUGCCGCCGCGUAUGGCUACAUAUCUGGUCGUCAUGGCGUCCCCGGACUCGUCAUGACUACGAGUGGUCCUGCCGUACUGAAUGCUCUCUCUCAAGUCAUCACACCGAGCGCUAACCAAUUCCCGGUCGUGCUAUUCAGUAGUGGUCAACAAAAGCAGAACUCAACCGCGAUCGACGACUGGACGUGCCCCUUACGGUUUCAGGAAAUGAACCAAAUAAACAUAGCUCGUAAAUACGUCGAGCUAGGCCUUUUGAAAGCGGCUUUCGAAGUUACGGAAUGUAAUCAAAUGCAGGAGAUUUUGCAACAAGCGUUUUCGUGCGCCCUUUCAGGUAAGAAGGGACCAGUUUACGUCCAAGUGGACUGGCAUGUUUGGACGGACAUUGCCGCUGGCAGAACGUUGCGCAAGGAGCGACCAGUCCCUGACGACAAGAUUUUUGAGGACAAGGUAUCUGAGGACAAGGCCUCUGAGGGUAGAUACGAAUGCACCGAAGGGACUGUGGAAGCCUGCCAAGUGGUGAAGCACAUCUGGCAGAAGCGAACCUUGUUCGUGUUUGGCGAGAAUUUCAUUUAUUGUUCCAGAGACGAAGAUCUACCAUUGGAGAAUUUUCCGUUUGUCUGUCUGACCACACCCUCUGCCCGUGGCACCGUGUCGGGAUCUGACGUAUACGCCUGCCGGUCUCGAGCUCUCAAGGAAUGUGAGGUCGCCGUGUUCGUAGGAUGCGAAUUCGACUGGAGGUUCAAACCGACGGACGAAAACCUCUGGGCAGGCAAACACGUGUAUGUAGUAAAUGGCGCUCCCGCUAGCGACCGUUCGACGGUUCCCGGACCUUGCGAAGUUACCUACGUGGUGGACAAAAUUCCCAAUAAUUUCGUAACAGACGUGGUGGACCGAGUGAGUGGCUUGAACCAAGCCAGCAAAUCCGAGAGCAGGUCCUCAGUGAAUGAAGAAUGGCUCCAGGAACUUUUGGAGCAACAAUCGGGGCGACUUAACGCUGUGAAGAAAGCAGGCUCCGUUGAAAAGGGUAGCGCUGAAAAGGAUUCCGUAGUGGAGUCGAUCGGCACUAGAGUAUUCGACGGGGUAACGUUUGCGGGGUUGUACGGCGCUAUUUCUACACACCACCAGUCGGUUGCGAGUCCCUGGUACUUCGUUGCAGAGGGCGCUUCCUGCAUGGACGCAGCCCGACGCUUGAUUCGUCUGCCGCAUUCCCACGGCCGCUAUUUGGACGCUGGUGUUAACGGAGCGAUGGGAAUAGGUUUCCCAUAUGCCAUUGGGUUAGCCGUGGCGGACUUGGUUCACAAGAAGGAUCCGAAAGUCCGCACGAGGGUUGCCCUGUGCAUUGGAGAUAGCGCAUUUGGAUUUUCCGGAAUGGAAAUGGAGACGGUCCGGCGCUACUGUCUUCCCAUCUGCAUCUGUGUCCUAGACAACUCUGGUAUGUACGCUAUUGCACCCUACAGGCUGCCAUUGGAACGGCCGCCAUUGGAACGGCCUCCUCGUCCCGUUUUCAACUUCCUUCCCGUAUUCAGCCCCCUGCCCGUGAUCGACGCAACUGACUUGUCUCCAGUCGACUUUUGCGGAUUCUGGCCAGACCAGAAAGCAGGAAAUUCUGCGUGGGAGAGAAGGACCAGACUCAGUAGUCAGUGCCAGAAGCUUCGGGUAGAGAACAAAGUCGACUUGAAAACCCACCUUCCGGAGUUGCUCAACAAAUUUGAAACAGACGGCACUCCGUCCAUAGUUCACGUCAUGAUAGACCCCAAGGACGGAUCCGGCCAAGGAUUCGUUGCUAACCAAAACUAUCACUAG